CGCUAUUUACCCCCCUCUAGCGUUGGUCUAUUAUUCUAACAAUUGGUAUCAGAGCCUAACUCGCGUCCAAACUUAACCGUUUGAGAGUAAAGCGAUCAUGGGUUCUUCUUCUAGAAAUCUUUAUGCAGGAAUUGGAGAAGGUCAAUCAACCUCUAGGCCACCACUUUUUGAUGGCACCAACUACACAUACUGGAAAGAACGGAUGAGAAUUUAUAUCCGCUCAACCAACUUUCAGUUGUGGUUGGUCAUCAAGAAUGGCGAGGAAAUUCCAACGAAGAAGGUCGGUGAAAAACUCGUCCCAAAGACCGAGGACGAAUUUGAUGCCGAGGAUAUCAAAAAGGUGGAGAACUACGCCAAGGCAAUCAACAUGCUGUACUGUGCAGUCAAUCCUGAUGAUUAUCGCAAGAUCUCUUGCUGCACCACUGCAAAAGAAAUGUGGGACAAGCUGGAGGUCACAUAUGAAGGUACGGACCAAGUUCGGGAAGCCAAAAUUGACUUCCUAACGCAGGAGUACGAGAUGUUCAGGAUGAAGGAAGGCGAAAAGAUCGAUGAUAUGUUCGAUCGGUUUUCAAAGAUCAUCAACGACCUUCAUGCACUCAAGAAGACUUACGCUAACAAGGAUCUUGUGAGGAAAAUCCUGAGGAGUCUCACUCCCGAAUGGAGAUCGAAGGCUGACGCAAUCUACGAAUCCAUCGGAGUUUCCAACGUCACCAUCGACGGGCUGACCAUCCAUUUGUGGUUUGAUGAUUACGACCGUGCUUUCCCCCAUGGAUGAGUCUUCAGUGUCACUUACCAGAAGUUCAUCCCAACUCUUUUGGCUCCAACUAUCCUUCGGGCAGACAAAGUCACACCCGUCAAGUAGGGAGUCAAAGAAAGUUUGGUCUAAGUC